CACGCUUGGAACAGCAUGAGCGACGACGAGGAUGCAGGUUGCGAAGGUGGUGGCAAUGACGGCGGCGAAGCAUCACUGCUGAAGGCAUUCUGCAGCAAGUACGACGUCGAUAUGGACGACGAUGGCGAAGAAGUCUUGGAAGAGCUUGACAUGUCCGAGAAAGACCUCACAGAAGUCCCAGUCGAUCUGUGCGUGAUUCCGCAGUUGCAACAGUCACUGCGGACACUGUGUCUGGAGAAGAAUCAGCUCACCCAUCUCCCCGACGCAAUUGGACUUCUUCAAAACCUCCACGAGUUGUACUUGAGGGAGAACCAGCUCGAAUCGCUGCCGUGUGCACUUGCCAAGUUGUCGCAGCUUGACUCCCUCUAUCUCGAAGACAACGCGCUGUCAGAGAGCGGGUUUCCCACCGAAUUGCAAUCACUCGCUCACCUCAAAGGUUUGUGUCUACAGCGCAAUAAACUCACGAGGGUGCCGCUCCCGCUCAUGUCCCUUGUCGCAUUGGAAGAGCUCUACUUGGAUGCCAACGCGAUCGACGAGUUACCGUCCGAGGUCGGUCAGUUAGUGAAUCUCAAGGAACUGGACGCCCCGAACAAUAAGCUGCGGACUCUCCCAAAGUCCUUUGUCAACCUCACCAAGCUCGAGAUCUUGCACUUGGAAGGAAACGCACUUGAAAAGCUUCCCAAGGACCUCGGCGCCCUCGCAUCGCUGCGCAAGGUGUACUUGCAAGACAAUGCCCUCACGAAACUUCACGCGAGUCUCGGACGAUGCAGUCGUCUAGAGGUAAUCAACAUCGAGAACAACAAACUGACCAAGGUCGGCAAACGCAUCGGGGACCUUCCACGGCUCAAGCACCUGCUUCUUGCCGGCAACCAGCUCGAAAGUCUCCCUUUCAAUCCGUACGAGAAGCUCGGUGGGCUGCGCCGGCUUACCCUGACUGGGAACAAAUUGUCGCCCGAACUAAUGAGGCUCGAAAACACACCGCCGCCAUCGUCUGUGGCCGGCGCGAUUGCCGAAACCGAUGUGGACGACGACGACGACGGUUGAGUGAACAUGUUGAUGAGAGAAGUCAAUGAAUUGAUGUCGUGAUAUAUCGACUCGUCCUUUUUUAAAAUAUCUACGUGGAUUCAAG